AUGGAGGAUGCGCAUACCAACAAAACCGAUGCCUACCUCGACGGUGGCCCGACCCGCAAAAUGCCCACAAGCCGCAAGCAGAAACGCAAUUCCUUCAAGACCCUGAAGCUGCUUACCUUGAAUGAUGCAAGUGGGUCUCCAACAGAGGAGGCCGGCCGUAAACUUGCGGGUGACCUGGGCGUGGGGUGGCCAGCAAAGAAAGUAUGA